AUGGCUAUGUGUCGCCCACCCUACGAGGGUAUGCCUCUACCCACCACUCAGAUGAGAUCGGGCUCCAACGAGGGGCAUCCGUUGUGCACAAUGGAGCAACAGCAACUUCAUGGGUCCUACAGCAGACAAUACGGCGUGCAAGGUGCUCAGCACGGGGGAUAUCAGGACGUGCAAAUCGAUGCGGGCUGGACAGAGCGAGUUCUCGAUGAAAUGAAGGACAUGCUACUUCUCCUCACCCCCCAGGGCCGAAUCAUCUAUGCCACGCCGUCAUGCAAGAACAUCACCGGUCGUGUCGCGAAACAACUCGAGGGAAGUCUUCUGGAACAAUACAUUCAUGGGGACGACCAGCCAAUCUUCCAGAGAGACUUGGACGAGUCGGUCGCCGCGAACCAAUCGUUCCGGACUCAUUUACGAUUCCAAAAAGCCAACAGCACAUAUUGUCUUAUUGAGGCUUAUGGUCACCCGCAUCUUGCAAACCAAGAUGAACAUCAGGCAGGGAGAACCAUGUCUGUCAACGGGCCCUGCACCGGCUUUUUCCUUGUGUGCCGACCGUAUCUCAACAAGGUCUCGCGGGUCCUUGACUCCUUUUUGGAACACAAGAUUGAGAACGCACGUUUGAUCCAGCAGAUUGCCAAAUUGAAGCAAGAAGAAGAUGAAGAUGCGAUCGCGACUCGGUUGCCCUAUUCUAUGCGUGACCCGGAUACUCGCCCCCCUGUAACCGACAACCAGGGCCAACAAGCCACUCGUUCAGGGGAAUUAUCUAGUGAUCCUGAUACUACGGACACCGUGGGGCUGAACUCAGAUGAAUCCGAUACGGGCCAAUCGACAAGCUAUUACCCAAAGCCGCCCAAUGCCCCCGAAGUUUACUCCCACAUCGACGGCAUCGAGGUCAUUACCGGUCUUAAUUACGCAGAGGGCGAGAGAUCACAAGGCCUCAGUACGGGUGUCAGCCGUGGCCGCCUUGUACAUUGCAACAUCGACAUCACCACUGCUGCCGACCAAGAGCGCAACGCUCAGGAGGGUGAUCGCCGUAAAAGGCUCAAGGCCCAGCAUGUCUGUAGCGACUGCGGAACGGCAGACUCACCAGAAUGGAGAAAGGGACCUAAUGGGCCUAAGACCUUGUGCAAUGCUUGUGGCUUGCGCUGGUCUAAAAAGGAGAAGAAACGCCAGGAAUCAGCCUAG